UAAAUUUGUUUUGGGAAAAAAUUACAUUUUCUUUUAUUUUGUAAGAACGCUGUAAAAAUCUGGAAAAAAGACCUAGUGCUCUCGAUUUUUUUUCUUUCGGUACCGCCAUCGGGAGCAUUCAGUUGCGUUGCUUUUAUAAAUUUAUGUUUACUUGAUUCUCGGUCGGACAAACUGCAAAAUGACUUCGAUCGAAUCAAAACGCGUCCAAUAUCGAAAGUAUUUGGAACGCGCCGGAGUCAUCGAUGCCCUAAGCAAGGCUCUGAUUAAGCUUUACGAGGAGCAGAAUAAGCCGGAGGAUGCCAUUCGCUUUGUGCGCAAGUUUAUGUGCGAGAGCUGCCCGGACGAUGCCCAGUACGAUGUAAUGAAGAACGACCUCGAGGAGGCCAAGACCCACAUCUCGAAGCUGGAGCAGGAGCUAGAACGGCUACGCGGACAAAUCAAAAAGUCACCGGAGGAGUACCAGGAGCUCACUACUGAGGGCUACAAAUCGCUCAUGGAUGAUGAGGAGAACGUGAGCUCACUGCUGCGUAAGUACCUGACUCCGGAAUUGCUGGAGGAGUACAUGCUGGUCACCACCCCUGCGCCGGUGGAUGCCUACCUAUACGAUUGCGCCGUCUCCGGAUUCGAGCAUCACGACGCGCCCGUGGGCAUUUUCGCGGCAGAUGCCGACAGCUACGACGUGUUCAACAAGCUCUUUGAUCCGAUCAUAAAGGACUAUCAUGGCCAGAUGGACAACGAGAACGAUGUGCUGCAGAAGGACCCAGACUUUGGCAACGUGGACGAGAUCGAGAACUUGGAUCCGGAGCACAAGUACAUUCUGUCCGCACGAAUCAGAGUGGCUCGCAAUAUCGAAGGCCUGCCCUUCUUCCCCAAACUGACCGAGAAGCAGUUCAUAGAGGUGGAGGAGAAGGUGCGUUCGGCCACGGAGACAAUGGAUGGCGAGCUGGUUGGCUCCUACCUGACAAUGGCGGACAUCGAUGCUGAGACCCAGGCCGAGAUGGUCAAGAGACAUAUAUUAUUUCAGCGCGGCGAUGAGAAGCUGACCACAGCCGGCUGCUAUCGUUUCUGGCCAACUGGUCGUGGUGUCUACCACAAUCCCGCCGAGACCUUCCUGAUCUGGGUGAAUCGUCAGGACCAUGUGCACAUUAUGUCCAUGGCACAGUGCGGCGACUUGGGCGAUGUUUACAAUCGCCUUGUCAACGGUCUAACCGAACUGGAGAAGACGUUGGCCUUUGCCCGGCAUCCGCGUUACGGAAACCUUACGGCCUGCCCCACCAAUUUGGGCACCACCCUGCGCGCUUCGGUGCACAUCCGUCUGCCGCUACUCAGCAAGGACCCCGACCGUCUAAUCGCCCUCGCCGAGGAACUGCAGCUUCAGGUACGCGGCACCGAUGGCGGCGAGCUGGCCACCGUGGAAGAUGGUGUCAUGGACAUAUCAAAUAAGAGGAAGCUUGGUUUCACCGAGUUCGAACUGGUCAAAACACUGCAGGAUGGCGUUGUGGCCCUGAUUAACGCCGAGGAAGAGCUCGAAAUAGCCGGACAGGAGGGUUAGAAACAAAUAGCGAUUACUUAAAACCUUGUAAAGCAAUCAAUAUCACUACAAAGUACUCACGAACACUUACAGACGAACACUUAGAGAAACAGGAGAAACGUAUCUUUGGUUAAAUAAAUUUGUCCUCUAGCCACAGACAAUCUCACCACAGA